AAGCCGUAUUGAGAGACAUUUGUCUAAAAUGAAGCCUGGAUCGCUUUACAAGCUCAACAAUUUUUAUGGAUCAAGCAACAAAACCAUGUAUCGGGUUUCUGAUCAUGCUGUGACGGUGUCGUUCUCAUGGAACUCGGAGCUCUCUGUUCUUGAAGACAGUCCCACUCCUUUUGAAGAAGACAGAUUCCGUUUUCAUUCCUUUGAGGAAUUUCAAGCUGGCUGUGAUAGCAAAGGAGACCUCUACGAUGUUCUUGGGCACAUGAAGCUGGUUAAUGGUCAGUGUCUCACGGGGACCCCAGUUCUUGAUGAAGUGGACAUAGCUAGGGCGAGGCAUGUGUUGGUUCAUGUGCAGUCAUACGAUGGACCUGUGGUGAAGCUCUACCUUUGGGACCAGGCUGCAAGAGACUUCUGCAAAAAAUUCAAAUCAUACGAACGCACCCCCACCGUGUUAUUGGUGACGACCGUUAACACCAAGAGUCUCGGAGGUACUCUUGCACUGACUACAAUGUCCUCCUCACGUGUCUUUAUGGACUGCGACGUCCAACCUACGGUCGACUACUUUAGCUGGUUGGGCUCUAACCCACAGAGUGCUGAGUUGGUUAAUGCAGAAGUGGUUACUAAAAGGGAGACACUGACCAUAGGAGAAAUAUUCUCCUACAUCAGGGAUGGAUCUAAUAAGGAGGCUUUUUUUGAGUGCACGGCUACGAUUGAUGAUGUGGUCCAUGGUUCAACCUGGUAUUACAUAUCGUGCAGUGGUUGCCAUACUAAGGCUACGAAAGGCCCAACUUCUUUGAUGUGUUCAAAAUGUGGGAAAGUCAACAUAUCAGGAGUGCCACAGUAUUUAUUCUAACUCACUUCUCAAUUCUCAAUAACAAUUUGAAUGGUAUUAGCUUAUUAAUUUCUCAUGGCAGGUACCGUGCACAGAUAUCUGUCUAUGAUAACAGUGAGCAAGCUGUU